AUGUUUGUUGGCGACGUAAAUCGACGAGAACCGAACAGAUACAAAAUGCAGAGCUGCUUCCGAUGCUACAGCGGGCCCAACUUCGGGGGCGAUGACAUGGCGCCGUGCGCUGAUUCCCGCCUCGACUUUGAAGGCUUCCCGACUGGUCCCUGUCUCGGUGGUAUAAGGUCCAACGUGCUGUACCCAACAUGCUGGGACGGGAAGAACCUCGACACGCCCAACCACAAGGAUCACGUCGCAUAUCCCACCUCCGGCCCCUCCAACUUCCUGUCCACCGGAAACUGCCCUGCCAGUCACCCCGUCAAAAUUCCCCAGCUCAUGCUUGAGAUUGUUUGGGACACGACCAAGUUCAAUAACAAGGCUGAGUGGCCAGCCGAUGGCUCACAGCCGUUUGUGUUGUCGACGGGUGACAAGACGGGGUACGGCCAGCACGGCGACUACGUCUUUGGGUGGAAGGGCGAUGCGCUCCAGCGGGCCAUGGAUGCCAAUGGCUGUUUCAGCGCCACUUGCGGAAACCAGAAGAGCCAGGAUAUUGCGACGGCGAACAAGUGCCAGAUCAAGAAGACGGUCCGUGAGGAUGUCGAAGGUUGGUUUAAUAGCCUUCCAGGUAGCCCAAUGGCGGCUUGAGAUGGCGAGGGAGGCUUGCGGUAGGCGUUGUUUGUCGGUGGCGGAG